AUGCGCAAGCCGACACACCCCCGUCGGUUUGAUCCAGACGAUGGAAGGCCGCUUGAGUGCAGCCUGAACAGGGCGGACGAGGAUCAAAAUGAAAGACAUGAAGUGGCCAUGGAAGGGGGUCAUGGAAGGGGGUCAUGGAAGGGGUCGUGGAAGGGGCCAUGGAAGGCGAAUAAGAGCGAUCAUGAGUAUCGUGAGGGACUCAGAGUCGCAGCUUUGCCUGGCCUGGUGGCAUCGACAGGGACCAGGGGUGUGCUCAGGGCAGAGAGCAUCUCGCCAUGGUCCGUCACUCGCGUCUUCACCCAUAAAGAAACGAUCUGA